AUCCUGGGUCACAGAAAGUUUAAGAGUGCUUUACAGGGGAGACUCGACUCCUUUUUGCCUCAACAUUUCCAUGCUGACGGGAUGUUACGGGCUUUGCUGCUUAUACUCUCUGUAGUUGCCAUUGCUCAUGCUGAGCUCUGCAAGCCAGAUGCACAGAAUGCUUUCAAAGUACGGAUUAGCAUCAAAAAAGCUUUGGGAGAUAAUGCAUAUGCCUGGGAUGCUAAUGAAGAGUACCUCUUCAAAGCAAUGGUGGCUUUUGCAAUGAGAAGAUAUUCCAGCAAGAGCACAACUCAAAUUUCCAACGUGCUGCUCUGCAAUGUGACAGACCGUGUGUCGUUUUGGUUUGUGGUCACAGAUUCUUCCAAAAAUGUGACAACUGUUCCUGGAAGUGUGGUAGAGGCAGCCAUCAGGAUGAACCGGAACAGAAUCAACAGUGCCUUUCUACUGAGUGACAAAACACUGCAGUUCCUGAAGAUAACCUCAACCUUAUCACCUCCUGUUGAACCCUCUACGCCUGUCUGGCUUAUUGUAUUUGGUGUUGUUCUUUGUCUCAUUGUGGCUGGGAUUGUUUUCCUCGUUGUUUCAGGGAUUCAGAAACGCAAGAAAAAGAAUAAAGAGUCAACAGAGCGAGAAAAUUUAGAAGAGAAAGUUGAAGUGACAGUAACAUUAGAAAAUGGGCUGCCUUGUGAAGUGCUGGAUUUAAAACCAGGCCACAUUAAUGGUGUCUUUGCAGCAGAUGAUGAACGGUUCACAUCCUUAUGAAAUGCUGCCAUUGCUAUCUGGUCGUUUUCCGAGAGACUCCUGUGCCUACCUUAUCUCGACACUACUCCUGAAUGUCAAAUGUGAAGACAAGAAAAACAUCCUUUAAUUUAAUUUCCCUGGAGAGAACCUUUUGCUGAUAACACAUACACUUGAACUUCCAUUACAAAGCUUUUGUUCAUGAACAACGCAAAUGAGAAGGCCUCAGAUAAUAUCCAGAAAAGAUUUCCAGAAGAUGUGUGACAGAACAGGGCUCAAACCUGCCAUGUGUCAGGCAUUUAAUAUUUAAUGAUUAUUUAAAUAUGUCCGUUGCUUUUUGUCCCUGAUGUAAAUGUGAAACUGCAUUAUUCCUGAAUGUCACUGGGGAGAUCAUCUAUCAUUGUCAAUUCUUGAUGGGUUUUCUUUCAAGCCAUAUGCAAAAGUUUCUCUGUAAAAGUACUUUUGUUUUCUGAUAUGUAGUAUGCCUUUGAAUGGAACAGUGAUCAGUGCAUGAAAGUUUUCAUUUAUUGAGAAACAAAAAAGUGAGCUCUCACAGCCUCUGUGAGACCAGGUCAAAAAGCAUGUGGGGCAUCUGUAGCUUUGAGGAUAGCAAACAUCUGCUACUAGAAGUGUUUUUCACUUAAUGAAGUCAUAGAAUAGAUAACCUGGAAAUUAAAGCUUCCAAACUCUAAAA